AUGCCGGGCAGUGGAGCAAAGUCUCUAGCUAGUCGCUGGACCACGGACAGCAUGGAGCAGCCAAGCAAUCCAGGUUGGCAAUCUCUUGAGCGACCUUUUGAGAAGAUGCAACUGCAAAUUCUGGCAUUGGGAUCUGCGCGCGGUCUAUGGGAUGAGCACAUUUCUGCUACAGAUGUGCUCGCAUUCGUGGUUGAUGGAAGCGAGCAAUUUGACGAGGUUGCUUUCACGCAUUCAUUUAGUGCGGCACUUGCUCAUCUUCCAGAAGGAGCACCUGUCGUUCUGUUGGUGAACAAGGUAGAUGCAGAUCCUGAAGAAGAAGAAGCUGGAAAGAUGGCUGACAGCCAUGGAUCUGUUGUCCAGGCUAAAUGCAGUGCAGCAGCUGCCGCAUGUGCUGUCUCAAAGGCAGUUCGCCAGUGCAAGGCCUUUUUGGUCAGCGCCAAGACCAGCUACGGAUGCGAUGAGGCCUUGUCGUGCUACAAGAUGCCCUGUUCUGUUCAGAUGCCUGUCACAAGCUUUUUCCCUUUGUGUCUUGUCCUUACUCGAGAUGAUUUGGAGCUGUUGCUUCAUGGUGUUCUGGACAUUCAGGGACAAGCUCAAAUAGGUGAUCUUGCUGACCGAGAUGCUUGCCAUUCUGCCUUUUUGAAGGUCCUUAGAAGCAUUGCUUCCUUUCGACACCAGAUACAGGCUGCUGCUGAUGCUCGCCUGCCUGAUCCUGUUGCCAGAAUCUCGGCUGCUUGUAUUCUUGCAACCGUAGCCUGGGCAAGCACUCACAGCUGGCGAGUAUCAGGUGCAAGUGGAACAAGCUCUGACAGCGUAAGCAGAUCUUUGCAGCAUGCGGCAGUUGAGCCUAUGGCUGUCCAGUCUGAUUUGAUGUCGAGCAUGUUUGGUGACCUGUACACAGGCACCUCUGUGCCACUUUUGGCAGCAACCGGUUUUUUAGCGUGGCAAACCAGACCAACAGCCCCUACAGCAGAUGUGAAGCAAUCUGACACCAACAUCAGAGGCUUUCGAACUUUCGAAUUCCAAUAUCUUCUGGUUUGGUUUCUGGCCAUUACGGCGGACUGGUUGCAGGGACCCUACGUUUAUGAGUUGUACGCAUCAUAUGGAUGGAGCAAAGCCGAGAUUGCUCAGCUUUUUGUGGCUGGAUUUGCCUCUUCAAUGAUUACUGGCACUUUUAUUGGAUCUGUGGCAGAUGCUUGGGGUCGCAAAUUUUGUGCGAUUUUGUACUGCAUACUGUAUGCACUGGCUUGUUUGACCAAGCACGUGAAUGUUUACGGAGUCCUGAUGAUUGGUCGACUCCUUGGUGGGGCAGCAACGUCUCUGUUAUUCAGCACGUUUGAAUGCUGGAUGGUCGGCGAGCACAAGCGAUGUGGUUUCCCAGACCAUCUACUUCGAUAUAUGUUUGGACUCAUGUUCUUCGUUCAAUACCUUGCUGCUAUUGGCGCCGGUUGGUUGGCACAAUUUGCAGCAUCGUCUAUGCCUUUGAUGCAAUUUACAGAUUCGAUUUGGUACGGAGGCUCAACAACUCCAUUCGAUUUGUCUUUGGUCUUUCUCCUGACUGCUGCGCCUACAAUACAUUUUCUAUGGCAGGAAAACUAUGGAGAGCAAACUGAUAGCAGCGAAGGGGUUGCUGGUCUCUCUCAGAUCGGGGUAUCCUUCCAGGCAGGAUGCCAUGCCUUGGCUUCUGACUGGCGCGUGCCAUUGCUUGGGUUGGCUGUAGCCGCCUUUGAGAGCUCCAUGUACGUCUUUGUCUUCAAUUGGACUCCAGCACUAGAUUCUUGCUCCUCCACCACUCCUCCGCAUGGUCUAAUAUUCAGUGCGUUUAUGAUGGCUUGCAUGUGUGGAUCCUCCGUCUUCAACUUGCUAGACGAGUCAAUCUCGCCAAUCAAGGUUUUGUGGCCUGUUUGUCUCGCAGCAGCUCUUUCAUUGGGAGCAGUCGCGGCUUCCUUGUUUACAACUUACAGUGAAGCCACCAUAUUCUUUGGCUUCCUCGCGUUUGAAGCUUGUGUCGGAGCGUACUUUCCAUGUGUGAGCACAGUCAAAAGCCAAAUUGUUCCAGAAGAGGCACGUGCUGGCGUGUACAAUGUGUAUCGUGUGCCGCUCAACCUUUGCGUUGUACUACUUCUACUUGGAGAUCUUGAGCUGAAGACGUCCUUCGCCAUUUGCAGCACACUGCUACUAACUUCUGUGAUUGCCAUUGCCCUCAUAGGAGCUCAACCUCGCAGGAUAGGUAAAGGGCACACUUGCAGGUGCAGGCUUUUUGGCAGACGGAAUGUCGGCUGCCCGUACCCCACCAAAUUCGCAGGCCACAUGCUGAGCCUGGUCGCUGCUUUCUUCGCAGAGGGUUUGCUGACGUUUGCAUCGAGCCCUGCUGUCAAAGGUUCUCUAAGAGUCGCUCGUCGCGCUCAAGGGCAACCAGACCUUCCAGAUGCAGGCAUUGCAGUGAUUGAGAAGGUGGACAGAAAGACGCAGAUGAAGGAGCAGUUUGAGAAAGAGAAGUGGUGGAGAGUGCUUUUGCACAACGAUGAUAUCCACACCUUCGAGUAUGAAGUUGCAAAAGCGCAAGAGGAGGACGAGGACGAGGACGAGGACGAGGAGGAAGAUGACGAUGCUCCAGAUGAACCUCCCCCACCACCUGUUAGCAUGUCCAGGCAGCGAGCCUCGGUGAGUGCUGAGGCUUAUGGCUCUUGGAAUCAGAAGAAACCUUUUGAUCCACCAAAGCACACAAAGACCGAGGAGCAGGCAGAAAGGCUACGCCGUAUUCUGUCCAGGUCAUUCAUGUUCUCUUCGCUGGCGAAAGCAGACUUUGACGUAGUUUUGCUUGCCAUGAAAGAGGUCUCUUUUCUCCCUGGGGAACGAAUCAUCAAAGAAGGUGAUGACGGGGACUUUCUCUGUUUGAUCGAAGAAGGCAAUCCGGAAUGCAAGAAGCUGAUCGACGGAGAGGAGAAGGUGGUCAAGCAAUGCGCUCCAGGAGACAUUUUCGGGGAGCUCGCGCUUCUCUACAAUGCAAAACUGGCUGCAAGCGUUUAUGCAACUGACACGUGCGUUGCCUGGCAGUUGGAUAGGGAAACUUUCAACCACAUCGUGAAGGAAGCGGCCUCCCGACAGACGGGAAAAUAUGUUGAUCUGCUGGAGAAGGUCACCAUUUUUUUCUCCCUUGACGACUGCCAGAGAGUGCAAGUUUCAGAUGCCUUGAAGAGUCAAACAUUUGAGAAGGAUGCAAUCGUGAUUCAGCAAGGUGAUGAAGGACAUGACUUCUACAUCGUGGAGGAGGGGUCCUUGGUGGCCUUGAAGCAGCGAGAUGGCUCGGAGCCUGUGGAGGUCAUGCAGUACUCUGCUGGAAGCUACUUUGGUGAGCUAGCCAUGCUGAGGGAGGAACCACGUGCUGCCAGUGUGAAGGUCACCAGUGACACAGCAAAGGUCUUGUCGCUGGAUCGUAGGUCCUUCGAACGGUUGCUUGGACCGCUGCGUGAGUUGCUGCUGAAAAAGGCAGUGGAAUACACGUGA